AUGUGCGAACCCUCCUCUCAGAUCUAUCGUGACGUUUCAGUCAUUGGUCGUGGGUGCCACGGUAGAGUCUAUAAGGCAUUCCGAAGGGACACUGGAGCUGUGGUCGCGGUGCGCGACGUCGACCUGAGGCGCUUUGAUGCAGCGGCUGUCAGACACCUCUUUGAGCAGGAGAAGGCCGAGGUGCGCUUAGUGCAUCCAUUCAUAGUGCAAAAUCACUCUAUGACCAAAAGCAGGGAAGAGUUUUCCUUGCACAUCGAGAUGGAGUACUGUGCAGACGGUUCUCUCGACGACUUGCGAUGGGAGCGUAAGAUGAGUCAUUGUUACAUCCCCGAGUACCGGAUCUGGGAAAUAAUCGUUCAGGUGGCGGGCGCACUUGUCUAUAUGCACGAUCCUAACAAACCAGGCGGGAUUGUUCUGCACAAAAACCUCAAGCUCUCGAACAUCCUUGCCAAUGGUCACGCAGUUAAGAUAGGGGAUGUUGGGCUCCCUGAGAUAGAUUAUACCAAGCGCCCGGACUACCAUGUAUUUGAGGCCUACAGAGCCCCAGAGGCUACAAAAUUUGGCAUCUAUGAUACUGCGUCAGACAUAUGGUCGUUUGGGGUUUUGCUUCUGGAGCUUUGCACGUUCAAGCAGCCAAACUGGAAACCGAGUCUUCUAAAGGUAGCACCGCAAUACGAACUCUGGGAGGAAUACUCGGAUGACCUUUAUUAUCUCAUCGAGGACUGUCUUAAGCUGAAGGCCAGUGAGCGGCUCACUGCAGGGGAUAUCUACCUCCAUCCGCAGGCCCAGGAGGCCCUCAGACGCUUAAAGGAAUAUGAGUGA